GUUCAAAAUUUCAUUCAGUAUCAGACGUUUGUAGAAAUACCAUCUUUUUCACUCGGAGAAUUACUUUUAAAUCUUUUCUUUUUUUUGUUAACGUAAUUACAAUUGCCGGUUAAAAAAUUUGCUUUUAAAAAUGGUGCGUUUGUUCGUAAGUGAUCGUAUAUUUAUUGAUGAGGAUCUUUGUAACGGUGGUAUUGUUGUAAAUAACGAUGGAAAAAUUGAAGAAGUAUUCAAAGAUCCGAUUGAGGUCGAAGAGUGGUUGGAUGCAAAUAGUCAUACUGAGUUGUACGACUAUACGAAUCUUGUAAUAAUGCCUGGUCUUAUCGAUACACAUGUACAUAUAAAUGAACCCGGCCGGACUGCGUGGGAGGGUUUUGAGACGGCAACAAAAGCUGCGGCCGCUGGAGGCUUUACCUCGCUAAUAGACAUGCCGCUAAAUUCAAUUCCGCCAACGACAACCGUUGAGAAUUUGUUAAAAAAACAAAAGGCAACCAUUGGAAAAAUUUGCACUGAUGUCGGUUUUUGGGGUGGACUUGUUCCGGGCAACGAAAACGAAUUGAAGAAACUGCUUCAGGCAGGUGUCGUCGGAUUUAAAUGCUUUUUAUGUCCACUAAGCGAUGAAUAUUUUAAUAGCGUUACCGAAGCAGAAGUUGAACUUGCCAUGAAACAUUUGGAAAAUACGAAUGCAUUGGUUGCUUUUCAUGCCGAAAAAUGCGACGAUGAGUGUUGUGAUGUUGACGAAAAUAAUGGUGAUAUUCAUGAUUUCAAAACAUAUUUGAAAACUCGACCUGCUUCCUUGGAGCUCAACGCCAUUGAAAUGAUAACUCGCGUUGCUCAGAAAUAUAACAGUGUUCGAAUGCAUAUUGUUCACUUGUCAUCAGCUGAUGCAUUACCACUGAUAAAAAAGUGUCGUGAAAUUGUCGGAAAUCGUUUGACAGUCGAAACGUGUCAUCAUUAUUUGAACUUCACGGCUGAUGAUAUUCCCCAAAAAGGCGUUGAGUUCAAAUGCUGUCCACCAAUUCGAGACGCUAAUAAUCAAAAACAACUUUGGAAUGCUUUAAAAAGCCGCGAUAUAAAUAUGGUUGUGUCAGAUCAUUCACCAUGUCCACCGGAACUCAAAUUCCUUACAGAUGGUCCAGAUUUUGGAAAUAUGAUGAAAAGCUUUUGUGGAAUUUCUUCCGUUCAAUUUGGACUAUCGGUGUUCUGGACCAGUUGUGAGAAACACAACAUGGAUAUAAGUGAUAUGGUUCAUUUGAUGUCAGUUGAGCCGGCCAAAAUGUGCGGAUUUGAGAAUCGAAAAAGUAAAUUAGCCAAAGGAUACGAUGCCGACAUGUGUAUAUGGGAUCCAUCAGGUGAAUUUGUUGUUACACCCGACAUCGUUCACUUUCGCCAUAAGGCCAAUCCAUACAUGGGGAAGAAAUUAAAAGGUCUUGUUCAUGCAACAAUUGUUCGCGGUAAUUUUGCAUAUCGUCGAUCUGACAGAGAAAUAUUCAAUUUUGUUGGACAAAUGCUCUUGAAAUGAAUUCUUAAACAUAGAUCAAUUGAUAAUUUUCCUCAAAUAAGAAAAAUAUAACUUCUCGAAGAUGUAAGAAAACAUACUAUCUCAUAAAAACAACUUAACCGUCUCCAUUUAACCGCCUUGAAAAAGUUCCAAUUUAUAAUUUAAAAUAAAAAAAUCAAAUGUUCAGUUGGAUUUAAAUAAAAAAUAUCAAUUUCGAAUGGUA